AUGAAGACGGUCAGCGUUGCCUUAGUUUUGUGCCUGAAUGUUGGUGUGGACCCUCCAGAUGUGGUGAAGACUACUCCUUGUGCACGUUUGGAAUGCUGGAUUGAUCCUCUGUCAAUGGGUCCUCAGAAAGCCCUGGAAACCAUCGGUGCGAAUUUACAGAAGCAGUACGAGAACUGGCAGCCAAGGGCACGGUACAAGCAGAGCCUCGAUCCAACUGUGGAUGAAGUGAAGAAGCUUUGCACGUCUUUACGUCGAAAUGCCAAGGAGGAGCGGGUCCUCUUCCACUACAAUGGGCAUGGGGUGCCCAGGCCCACUGUGAACGGCGAGAUUUGGGUCUUCAACAAGAACUACACUCAGUACAUCCCUCUGUCUAUAUACGACCUGCAGACAUGGAUGGGCAGCCCCUCCAUAUUCGUCUACGACUGCUCCAACGCUGGUCUCAUUGUCAAGUCCUUCAAGCAGUUCGCCCUGCAGAGGGAGCAGGAGCUGGAGGUCGCUGCUAUUAACCCAAACCACCCACUGGCCCAGAUGCCUUUGCCCCCGUCCAUGAAGAACUGCAUUCAGCUGGCAGCCUGUGAGGCCAACGAGCUCCUGCCCAUGAUCCCCGACCUUCCGGCCGACCUAUUCACGUCAUGCCUCACCACCCCCAUCAAAAUCGCCCUGCGCUGGUUUUGCAUGCAGAAAUGCGUUAGUCUGGUGCCUGGAGUCACACUGGAUUUGAUAGAAAAGAUUCCCGGGCGGCUGAACGACAGGAGGACCCCCCUGGGCGAGCUGAACUGGAUCUUCACGGCCAUCACGGACACCAUUGCGUGGAACGUGCUUCCUCGGGAUCUCUUCCAAAAGCUCUUCAGACAGGACCUGUUGGUGGCUAGUCUGUUUCGAAAUUUUUUAUUGGCGGAAAGGAUCAUGAGGUCGUAUAACUGCACCCCCGUCAGCAGCCCACGCCUGCCCCCCACGUACAUGCACGCCAUGUGGCAGGCCUGGGACCUGGCUGUCGACAUUUGUCUCUCGCAGCUGCCGACCAUCAUCGAAGAAGGCACGGCAUUUCGGCACAGCCCCUUCUUUGCUGAGCAGCUGACCGCCUUCCAGGUGUGGCUCACGAUGGGCGUGGAGAACAGGAACCCACCUGAGCAGCUUCCCAUUGUCUUACAGGUGCUGCUGAGCCAAGUGCACCGGCUGAGAGCCCUGGACCUGCUGGGAAGAUUUCUGGACCUGGGUCCCUGGGCGGUGAGCCUGGCCUUGUCUGUGGGUAUUUUCCCCUACGUGCUGAAGCUGCUCCAGAGCUCAGCCAGGGAGCUGCGGCCUCUCCUUGUCUUCAUCUGGGCCAAGAUCCUCGCCGUGGACAGUUCGUGCCAAGCUGACCUGGUGAAGGACAACGGCCACAAGUACUUCCUCUCAGUCUUGGCAGAUCCGUACAUGCCAGCUGAGCACAGGACCAUGACAGCCUUCAUUCUGGCUGUGAUCGUUAACAGCUAUAACACGGGGCAGGAAGCCUGCCUCCAGGGAAACCUGAUCGCCAUCUGCCUGGAGCAGCUCAACGAUCCCCACCCCCUGCUGCGCCAGUGGGUGGCCAUCUGCCUGGGCCGGAUCUGGCAGAACUUUGACUCGGCCCGGUGGUGCGGGGUGAGGGACAGCGCUCACGAGAAGCUUUGCAGCCUUCUCUCCGACCCCAUCCCUGAGGUGCGCUGCGCAGCAGUCUUUGCCCUCGGCACGUUUGUGGGCAACUCCGCAGAAAGGACGGACCACUCCACCACCAUCGACCACAACGUGGCCAUGAUGCUGGCCCAGCUCAUCAACGACGGCAGCCCCGUGGUCCGGAAGGAACUGGUGGUGGCUCUGAGUCACCUUGUUGUUCAAUACGAAAGCAAUUUCUGCACUGUGGCCCUGCAGUUCAUGGAAGAGGAGAAGAACUACCCACUGCCCUCUCCAGCCACCACAGAGGGUGGGAGUCUGACCCCGGUGCGGGACAGCCCCUGCACCCCCAGACUGCGCUCCGUGAGCUCCUACGGAAACAUCCGCGCCGUCACCACGGCUAGAAGCUUGAACAAAUCUUUGCAAAACCUGAGUCUGACGGAAGAAUCCGGCGGCUCGGUGGCCUUCUCCCCCGGGAACCUGAGCACCAGCAGCAGCGCCAGCAGCACCCUGGGCAGCCCCGAGAACGAGGAGUACGUCCUGUCCUUCGAGACCAUCGACAAGAUGCGCCGGGUCAGCUCCUACUCCUCCCUCAACUCCCUCAUCGGAGUUUCAUUCAAUAGUGUUUACACUCAAAUUUGGAGAGUCUUGCUACAUCUGGCUGCGGAUCCCUAUCCAGAUGUUUCCGAUUUGGCUAUGAAAGUGCUGAACAGCAUCGCCUACAAGGCCACAGUGAACGCCCGGCCUCAGCGCAUCCUCACCACCUCUUCCCUCACUCAGUCGGCACCCGCCAGCCCCACCAACAAGGGCAUCCACAUCCACCAGGCAGGAGGCUCCCCGCCAACAUCCAGUGCAAGCAGCUCCAGCCUGACCAACGACGUGGCCAAGCAGCCAGUCAGCCGAGACCUGCCUGCAGGCCGGCCAGGCACCACAGGCCCCGUGGCGGUGCAGUACACACCCCACUCCCACCAGUUCCCCCGGACACGGAAGAUGUUCGACAAGGGCCCAGACCAGACCACUGACGACCCAGAUGAUGCUGCCGGGCACAAAAGUUUCAUCUCGGCCACAAUGCAGACAGGGUUCUGCGACUGGAGCGCGCGGUACUUCGCCCAGCCUGUCAUGAAGGUAAUCCCGGAAGAGCAUGACCUGGAGAGUCAGAUCCGCAAGGAGCGGGAGUGGCGGUUUCUACGAAACACCCGCGUCAGGAAGCAGGCGCAGCAGCUCAUCCAGAAGGGUAUCACAAGGCUGGACGACCAGAUAUUUCUGAACAGGAACCCUGGUGUCCCCUCCGUGGUCAAGUUUCACCCCUUUACGCCGUGUGUGGCCGUCGCUGACAAAGACAGCAUCUGUUUUUGGGACUGGGAGAAAGGGGAGAAGCUGGAUUAUUUCCACAACGGAAACCCCCGGUACACGAGGGUCACGGCCAUGGAGUAUCUGAAUGGCCAGGACUGCUCGCUCCUGCUCACAGCCACAGAUGACGGUGCCAUCAGAGUCUGGAAGAACUUUGCUGAUUUGGAAAAGAAUCCAGAAAUGGUGACGGCCUGGCAGGGGCUCUCCGACAUGCUGCCCACCACCCGAGGUCUGGCCCGAAAGUUCUCAAUCUUUCUUGACCGCAGUAAGCAGGGAGGAGCUGGGAUGGUGGUGGACUGGGAGCAGGACACCGGCCUCCUCAUGAGCUCGGGAGACGUGCGUAUCGUCCGGAUCUGGGACACGGAUCGUGAGAUGAAGGUGCAGGACAUCCCCACAGGUGCCGACAGCUGCGUGACGAGCCUGUCCUGCGACUCCCACCGCUCCCUCAUCGUGGCCGGGCUCGGCGACGGCUCCAUCCGCGUCUACGACAGGAGGAUGGCGCUCAGCGAAUGCCGCGUCAUGACAUACCGGGAGCACACGGCCUGGGUGGUGAAGGCCUACCUCCAGAAGCACCCUGAGGGCCACAUCAUGAGCGUCAGCGUCAACGGGGACGUGCGCUUCUUCGACCCUCGGAUGCCGGAGUCUGUGAACGUCCUGCAGAUCAUUAAGGGGCUGACGGCCCUUGACAUCCACCCCCAGGCAAACCUGAUUGCGUGUGGCUCCAUGAACCAGUUCACCGCCAUCUACAAUGGCAGCGGAGAGCUCAUCAACCACAUCAAGUACUACGACGGCUUCAUGGGCCAGCGGGUCGGCGCCAUCAGCUGCCUGGCUUUCCACCCACACUGGCCUCACCUGGCCGUGGGCAGCAACGACUACUACAUCUCCGUGUACUCGGUGGAGAAGCGCGUCAGAUAGCGGCCCCUCCCCACAGGCCGCCAUGUACAUAGUGGACCCACCGCGCUGCCCUGAGCACCUGCCUGACCUGGCUGCUGAGGGCUCGAGAGGGCCCGCACUGUCUGUCUGUCUGUCUUCGCUGUCACGCCCAGGAGCCUAGAGAAGGGGGCUCUGCUGGAGUCCUCAGUGUGAUGGUUGCUGCUCUGAUGAAACACAGCUCCUGGCCUGAGGACACAGUAGCUGUACAUCCCAGUCCCCUUCCCGUCCUGUUUUCUUCUGAGGUUUUUAAGGGGGAAACACACUUGUUUUGUUUUCCGAGUGAUGCAAGCAUUAGUCCACAAAGGCUCCGGACGGAAGCCAGCCCCCCGGGGCUGUGCGCCGCACCCGCCCCCCCCACCCACCGGCUGUCCUCCUGGAGAUGGUCUGAGCGCACUGGAUGAGGCGGAGGCUUGAGAUGGAGUGAAGGACAGAUGGAGGUGGCCCGCCACCCACUGGUCCUCACCCCGGGCCCAUCCGGCCAAACGGCGGAGGCCGAGCGUGCCCCUCCCCACACGGCCGCCCUCCCCGCAGGCAGGACUUCCGUCUGAGUGUCAGCCGUUCUUGCUGCAGGUCUGUCAGCAGGAGGGGCCCUGGUUUGGAAGGAGAGACGGGUCCCUUGGGCCACAGAGCUUGUUUCUCUCUGCUGCUGGAAGUGCUGCUCUUCCCCAGCAGGUGUGGGAACCGUGGCCUCCCCACCUGCACCCCACACGCACCACACGAGCACACAUGGAGGGGCCACCGAGCCCCAAGAGUAUCGGGGUGAACGGUGCCGCCCCAGCCCUCUGUCCCCGCGCCAAGGGGUGCAGCUCACGCUUGUGAGGGACAUGGGAGAGCUCCCAGGAGGGCAGCAGCUUCACGUGUGUCCAGGCACACGCGUCUGUGACGGGGCGCUGAGCACCUACACCCGGAACACAAGACACAGCCACAGUGAUGAUAUUUUGAAAAGCAUUUUUUCCAUUUUCCUUGGGUAUCAGGAUUAUUCAGAAAUAGAGGAGUGAGCUGGCUUAGCUACUUCUGCCAAUAAGAGGCCAAUAAUAGUGAGAAUGUGAGGAAGAGCCACGCUGUGGAGGUGGGUGGGCUGGGCGGGGCGCAGGGCUGGGCAACGGAGCAGCUCUUCUGCGGCCCAUAGGCCAUGCCUGCUCCCCCGAGAAAGUUCCGGGAUGGCGUCCGCCAUGUUCUGGGCAAGCGAGCAGCGUGGGGUCGGGGAGACCGCAGAAAGCUCAGCUCCCCCGCACACGAGCCGGUCACCUCCACCCGGCGCUCCAGACGGCGACUUGGGAACCUUCCAGAAGCUGAGCUCCACCCACAGAUGCAGAGUUGACUACCCACAGCCAAUUCACGGAGCAGUUCCACUCCAGAUUUUGAGCUCAUAUGCGGUUCUGUUUGUUUUGAGACAAAACCAUCCCCUGGCCAAGCGCAGAGGCCCCGCGGAGGGGCUGUCUUCACAGGUCUGAUGCGAAAAUUCAAUCAUGAAGUUACAGAGUCUCGAGAGAGCGUGACCUAAGGGUUCAUUUAUCUCUAUUUAUUUUACCAAAAUGAGAAUUGAAAGACUUUGAUGAAACAUGGAAUUGUAAUGCAAGAGUAAGAGCGAUAAACUGUUAAUAAAAGAUAAAU